CGGUGCCCGGCCGGGGGAGGGUUGAGGCGCUGGGCGCACGGCGGGGGCGGGCCCGUGUGCGGAGUCGGGAUGGAGAGCCGCGAGCUGGGCAUGGAGGCCAUGGAGACCCUGACCGAGCUGGGGGACGAGCUCACCCUGGGGGACAUCGACGAGAUGCUGCAGUUCGUCAGCAACCAGGUCGGGGAGUUUCCGGAUCUGUUUUCAGAGCAGUUAUGUGGCACCUUCCAGAGCAGUGGUGGAGGUAGCAGUGGUGGAACCUUGGACCAUCCACUGCAGAGCUCAUACAGCCAGGCACAGCUGCAGUCCUUCCCAUCCACUGCUGCCUCUCCCCAGCUCCAGGCUGUGCAAGUCAAAGUGCCCCAGGCAACAGCACCUGCCCCUCAGCGGUCUGCACCCCUCCUUCAGCCUCGUCCCCAGCUCCAGCCCCAGCUCCAACAGCAAACGGUGAUGAUUACUCCAACUUUCAGCUCUGCUCCCCAGACCAGGUUCAUUCAGCAACCGCUGAUCUACCAGAAUGCAGCCACGAGUUUUCAAGUGCUUCAGCCUCAGGUUCAGAGCCUGGUGACGUCCUCCCAAGUUCAGCCAGUCACCAUCCAGCAGCAGGUGCAGACUGUGCAGGCUCAGAGAGUGUUCACACAGGCUGCCAAUGGCACCAUCCAAACGCUAGCCCCUGCCACAGUCCAGACAGUAGCUGCUCCUCAGGUCCAGCAAGUUCCAGUCCUGGUCCAGCCUCAGAUCAUAAAGACAGAUUCUCUUGUCUUGACAACUCUGAAGGCAGAUGGUAAUCCAGUUAUGGCUGCAGUUCAUAAUCCGGCCCUCACUACACUGACCACCCCUAUUCAGACAACGGCACUGCAGGUACCGACCUUGGUUGGCAGCAAUGGGACCAUUUUGACCACGAUGCCCAUGAUGAUGGGACAGGAAAAGAUGCCCCUCAAACAGGUGCCUGGUGGGGUCAAGCGGCUGGAACCGCCCAAAGAAGGAGAGAGGAGGACGACCCAUAACAUCAUUGAGAAGCGGUAUCGGUCAUCUAUAAAUGACAAGAUCAUUGAGCUGAAGGACCUGGUCAUGGGAACAGAUGCCAAGAUGCACAAAUCUGGAGUACUGAGGAAGGCCAUUGAUUACAUUAAAUACCUACAGCAGGUCAACCAUAAGCUGAGACAGGAGAACAUGGUUCUGAAGCUGGCUAAUCAGAAAAACAAGCUGCUGAAGGGCAUUGACCUGAGCAGUCUCGUGGACAACGAUGUGGACCUGAAGAUGGAUGACUUCAACCAAAACGUUCUCUUGAUGUCUCCCCCGGCCUCUGACUCGGGGUCCCAGGAGGGCUUCUCCCCCUAUUCCAUUGACUCUGAGCCGGGAAGCCCGCUCCUGGAUGAUGCAAAGGUUAAAGACGAACCCGACUCUCCCCCUGUGGCCCUUGGCAUGGUGGAUCGCUCUCGAAUACUUCUCUGUGCUCUCACAUUCCUCUGCCUCUCCUUCAACCCUCUGACAUCCCUCCUGGAGGGCCGAGGGAUGCCUGAAUCAGACAGCCCUGUACACCAUGGCUCUGGAAGGAAUGUGCUGGCCAUCGAAUCAGGUGCUGGCGGCUGGUUUGGCUGGAUGAUGCCCACUUUGCUGCUGUGGCUGGUGAAUGGUGUAAUUGUCCUGAGUGUGUGUAUAAAGCUCCUUGUGCAUGGGGAGCCAGUGACCCGGCUGCACUCCCGCUCGUCUGUAAUGUUCUGGCGGCAUCGCAAGCAGGCUGACCUGGAUUUGGCAAGGGGGGAUUUUGCAGCUGCUGCAUCAAAUCUGCAGAUCUGCCUGUCAGUUCUGGGCCGAGCGCUGCCUGCGUCCCGCUUGGACUUGGCCUGCAGCUUGUCCUGGAACGUGAUCCGCUACAGUCUGCAAAAGCUGGGGCUGGUUCGCUGGCUACUGAAGAGGACUUCACGGCGACAGCGAGCAAGAGAGGCUGCUGCCGGUUUUGAGGACGAGGCCAAGACCAGUGCUCGGGAUGCAGCUCUGGCAUAUCACAAGCUCCAUCAGCUCCACAUCACAGGUAAACUUCCAUCCAGCUCAGCCUACUCAGGUUUGCACAUGGCCCUGUGCGCUGUGAAUCUGGCUGAGUGCGCAGAGGAGAAGAUCCCACCCAGCAUGAUGGCAGAGAUCCACCUGACAGCUGCUGUCGGCCUGAAAACCCGCUGCGGAGGCAAGCUGGGCUUCCUGGCGGGUUAUUUCUUAAAUAAGGCCCAGAGCCUGUGUAGUGCAGAGCGGAGUGCCAUUCCCGACUCCUUGCGCUGGCUGUGUCACCCGCUGGGACAGAGGUUUUUUGUGGAACGGAGCUGGACAGUGAAAUCUGCUACAAAGGAGAGUCUGUACUGUGCCCCGAGGAACCCAGCUGAUCCCAUAGCCCAGGUUCACCAGGCCUUCUGUGAGAAUCUGUUGGAGAGAGCUGUGGAUUCCCUCGUGAAGCCUCAGGCCAGGAAAGGGGCCACGGGACAGGAGGAGGAGGAGCCCUGCGAAUUCUCCAGUGCUUUGGAGUACCUGAAAUUAGUCAACUCCUUUGUGGACUCGAUGGGAAGCGGGACUCCACCUUUCAAUAGCAGUUCGGUGCUGAAGUCAUCCCUGGGCCCUGAUUUGGUGUGCAGAUGGUGGUCAGCGGCAAUCGGCAUGGCAAUCAGUUGGCUCAGAGGGGAUGAUGCAGGCGUGAGGUCACGUUUCACAGAAGUGGAGCGGAUGCCCAAAUCCCUGGAGAUGUCUGAGAAUGCCCUGGUGAAAGCGAUCUUCCAUGUAUGCAAAGCCAUGCAGGCCUCCCUGUCGGGGAAGGCAGAUGGGCAGCAGAGCUCCUUUGGUCACUGCGAGAGGGCCAGCAGCCACCUGUGGAACAGCCUUAACAUGAGCAGUGGUGUCUCUAACACUGGCCUCAACAAUAUGAUCCAGCUGCUGACCUGUGACUUACUGCUCUCACUCCGCACCACACUGUGGCAGAAGCAGGCGAACUCCAGCCAGGCCCUGGGUGAGACCUACCACGCCUCGGCCUCUGAGCUGACGGGUUUCCAGCGAGACCUCGGCAGCUUGCGCAAACUGGCCCAUGGCUUCAGGCCCGCUUAUCGCAAGGUGUUCCUGCACGAGGCUACUGUGCGCUUGAUGGCAGGCGCCAGCCCCACCCGCACUCACCAGCUGCUGGAGCACAGCUUGAGGCGACGCACCCCCCAGAGCGGCAAACAAGGUGAGCUGGACACUCUGCCAGGACAGAGAGAGCGAGCCACGGCGAUUCUCCUGGCCUGCCGCCACCUCCCCCUCUCCUUCCUCUCGUCCCCGGGCCAGCGCGCAGUCCUGCUGGCAGAAGCAGCCCGCACGCUGGAGAAAGUGGGGGACAAGCGCUCCUGCAACGACUGCCAGCAAAUGAUCGUCAAACUGAGCGGGGGCACCGCUAUCGCCGCUUCCUAGCCCAGGGGCCGUGCGGCCAAAGCCAGCCUUGUGAGCCAUCAGACUGGACUCUCCCCCAUUAUAGUCCCUCUUUAGAGCAGACCGUUCUAGAUUAGGGCCAUGCAAGUGGAAUCACUUGGGCCGGGGAGGGCUCUGGACUAGCCCAGGGUUAGCUUUCCUAGUGAUUGGCUGCAUUCAGGCCCGGUGGCAGGACUGGAAUCUGGCUAGUGCUGUUCUAGUCUGUGUAACCAGGCCAGCGGCUGCUAGCAGCUCCCCCACUCCCUUGCCCCUCGCUGGGGUUAGAGGCGAUGCCGGCUCAGGAGGAGGGGUCAGCAAGCCCUGAGGACAGAAAAGUGCCAUUUCCUGGUGCUGGGUGGGGUCUGUGUUCCGGGGGCUGCUCUCCCCUCCCCUCUCCCAGACCCCUCAGGGGAGCCACCCGGAACCCCCUCCCAGGCAAAACCAGCAUCUCGGGCAACUCUCUACCUGCAGGCUGGCUGCCCGCCUGCUCCGGGCUGGCUGGGAUGGGGAGGGGAGAGCACUAGCGCGUUCUCCUCAAGGCCGGGCUAACGACACUGUUUUUAUGGGAGCCUUUUUCUAUAGACUUUGCGUGUGUGGGGAGCUCUGGGGGAGGGGUGUUGCUUGGGGCCAGCCCACCCCACCCAGGAAAUCUCCCUGUGGUUUUUAUACAGUUUUUUUAUAGGGAUGUUUGUGUCUUUACAAGAUGUCGGGAACAGUUUCAGUAGAUUUCUCUUCUCAGCACCCCCUGCCCCAUGUGCUUCUCCCCCCUCUGGUCACAGAGC